AUGGGUACACCUUCUUUCCAUGAACUUAAGAAGCAAGCUUCUUUCUUCUUCAAGGAAAAGAUCAAGAGUGCUAGAUUAGCUCUAACUGAUGUCACACCAGCAGAACUGUUGACUGAAGAAGCCACAAAUGGGAAUCCAUGGGCACCAGACAACCCUACCCUUGGAUCCAUUUCAAGGGCUGCUUUUGAAGUUGAUGAUUAUUGGAGAAUUGUGGAGAUUUUGCACAAGAGAUUCUCGAGAUUUGAGAGAAAGAACUGGAGGCCCUCUUACAACUCCCUUAUUGUACUUGAACACUUGUUGACUCAUGGACCAGAGAGUGUGGCAGGGGAGUUUCAGAUUGACAAAGAUGUUAUUAGGGAGAUGGAAAGCUUUCAGUUUAUAGAUGAGAAAGGAUUCAACUGGGGUCUCGCUGUUAGAAAGAAAUCAGAUAGAAUAUUGAAGCUGCUUGAGAAAGGACUUCUUCUCAAAGAAGAGAGAGAGCGAGCUAGGAAGGUGACUAGAGGGAUUCAGGGAUUUGGGAGCUUCUGCCACAGGUCUUCAUCAGCGCAAGGCAUUCUACAGGAAUCAUCUAAUGAAACAUUUGGAAGGAGUAAUUCUCAGUUCAAUGAUUCCUGGGAAAAUCAGUUCUUAUCCCCGAAAGAAGAAAAUUUGAUCCAAACUGCUGAAACAUUUCAGAAGACCCACAAGGAAGCAAAUUCUGAGUCCGGCAAAAGGACGGUGAAUCUAGAUGUUUGGGAUAGUGUCAACAAUUGUCAGAUGCUUGAGAAACCUGGGACAAGUCUUAAAGAAAACUUGGCUCCUAAGAAGGAAGUAGUACAUCAAUGGAAUGGCACAGGGGAGGCUAAUCCACUUUUGGCUAGUAGGAGAGAUGAACCAAGGACUAUAGAGGAAGAUCACCCCUUUAGUGACGCUGAGAACCAACUUGCUGCUUCGCUUCUUUCGGCGAGAGAUGGCAUCCUGCAAGGAUGUUAG